GCUAGUGAGCUCCGGCCAGCUGGAUGCUCACGCUCCGUAGGAGGGGCCCAAAUGUUCGACAUCACCUCACCCGGCGUGAACGACAGCGGCUAAGCUAGAUGGUGCUUCGAGUGGGCAGCUAACGGUUGGGACUUACAUUUCCAAAGGCAAGAGAUAUAUAUCUAUCUCACCGGGGAGCCAGACAGCGCCACCAUGGCUCUUUACGAAUAUGUCACUCAGGACCAGCUCGCGGGCUUCGACAAGUACAAGUACAGCGCAGUGGACUCCAAUCCCCUGUCUGUCUACGUCAUGCACCCUUUCUGGAACUUUGUGGUGAAGUUUCUACCGACAUGGUUGGCUCCAAACCUCAUUACAUUCACAGGCUUUAUGUUCCUUGUGUUGAAUUUCCUCAUGUUGGCCUUCUACGACUUUGAUUUCACUGCCUCAGCUGCAGGACAUGAACACGUGCCUAGUUGGGUCUGGGUUGCUGCAGGGAUCUUCAACUUCCUGGCCUACACACUCGAUGGCGUUGAUGGUAAACAGGCUCGUCGCACCAACUCCUCCACACCACUAGGGGAGCUGUUUGACCACGGCCUGGACAGUUGGGCCUGCAUCUUCUUUGUGGCCACUGUCUACUCCAUAUUUGGGCGUGGGGAAAGCGGUGUGGGCGUGGACACACUGUAUUACAUCCUGUGGGUGGUGCUGUUCUCAUUCAUUCUGUCUCACUGGGAGAAAUAUAACACCGGCAUCUUGUUCCUGCCGUGGGGGUACGACAUCAGCCAAGUGACCAUCUCCCUGGUUUACUUGGUCACUGCUGUGGUCGGCGUGGAAACAUGGUACCAGCCAGUCGUGUGGCGAUUCCUCUACAGAGACCUUUUCACCUUCAUGAUCAUCGCCUGUUCCUUCAGUGUGACCUUACCCAUGAGCCUGUACAACGUCCUGAAGGCUCACCGCAGUAACACUCUGAAGCACAGCAGCCUGUACGAAGCCUUCCUGCCCUUCCUCUCUCCCUUCCUCCUCUUCAUCUUGUCCACCAUUUGGGUGGUCUUCUCUCCAUCCAACAUCCUCGAGCUGCAGCCCAGGAUCUUCUACCUCAUGGUGGGGACAGCCUUCGCUAAUGUCACGUGUAAGCUGAUUGUGUGUCAGAUGAGUAACACGCGUUGUCAGGCGAUGAGCUGGCUGUUGCUGCCCAUGGCGACAGUGGUGUUGCUAGCGGUGACCGGGGUGGUUGCCAACGAUACCAUACUCUUGUAUCUGUGGACAGCUGCUGUCAUACUAGCACACAUACACUACGGCGUGUCAGUGGUACAACAGCUUAGCAACCACUUCAACAUCUUGGCCUUCUCCCUGAAGAAGCCCAACAGUGACUGACAGGAGGAGGAACGAAUCGGCUUGAAAGAAGCAGAGGUUUAAGCUCCUCUGCUUAUCGACACUUCACUCUCAUCACCACGGAAACCGCAUCCCCUCCCCUCCAUCCAAGAGGACACUGCAAGUGGAAUGGACUGUGGCCCCGUUUUCCACUGUCUACAAACACACCCAGACAACAAACACACACAUUCCUUAACAACCAACCAACCUCUGGUCUCUGCGAUGGGGCGGGCCCAGGGGCUCUGGCUUCCGUCAUUGGUGAUUGGCUAACUUGGUUGAGCCAAUGAGGUGCAAUUGUUUCCUACGGAAAUGUGCUUCAGUCAUGAGGACAGGAGCCAUGCAAACACACACGCACACACACAUGUACAUACAUGACUCUGCUUUCGUGCAGAUAAUUUAUAUCUCAUGGCAGGUAUUUAAAACAAACACAGCCACACACACAUGCACAUUCACAGUUACACUCACUUAGUAUUAUGAAUGUAUAAUAUGCCUUGGGGAAACGCCAUUUAAGUUUUAUUAUAUUAACAGGAAUGCCUCAAGUAGUGUCAUUUAAACCUGACCAAACCUCUAAAUAGUGGCCGCACAUCCACAGUUGUGUCCAGAGUUUAAAGGUUCAGUCACUUUUUGUUUUAAUCAUGGGAUGAUUUCAGUUUGAAAUCCCAGUGAUAUGUGUUAAUAUCUAUAUAUAUACUGUAUGUGUUAAAGGGGUUUGGGGCAUUUUAUUUUGAAACUGAAAUGAAAGUUAAAAAAAAGAUUAGUCCUGUAAAACAUUGUAUAAAUUUCCCUCUAAUUAUUUCCACAUUCUGCUCUGCAAUGACGGUUAUCACGAGUGAACAGAGUUGGAUUUUGACUAACCAGGGCAAGAACUGACCAGGUUGACCUCUGACCUUCUGAGCUCUUACUAACCUUCCACUUGGACCUCUGACAGAGCACAGGCCUCCGGCUCUCCCUACCCUCCGAGGUGUCGUGUCUUCAUGCUGAUUCGUUCUGUUUUAUUUUUUUACUUUUUUUUUUUUUACUACAUACACGGAGUAUUUUGUUUAUCUGUUGCCAUGGCAGUAGUUUGUGGUUUUAGUCGCGCAGCGCUUGAAUGAAGAGUGCGUCCAAAAACCGUCAUCGGAGCGGACUCACUCUGAGGGAACAAGCCGUCGCACAGGAUGCCACAAACGCCACAACACCGCCUGGUGUCACACUGCUCUCACAGAUAUUAUCACAGCUUUUCUACUGUCUGUCAGAGAACUGUUUCUGUCUGUUUAACACUGUUUGUCUGUGUGUGAUGCAAAUUAUGUUUUAAAUGGAGAAAGUGCAUAUUCAGCAGUGGCUGCGGACUGGACUCCUCAUCAAACAGGGAUCUGACAGGGCUUACCGAUCAUUUGUGUCACCUCCCAUUGCAAACAUUUUCUUAAUGUUACAAUGGGGACAGUUUGUCAGUUUGGAGGAAGUAUGUUCUUUUGUGUGUAACUUGUCUCUCUGAAGUGACUAAUCUUGUCUGUCUGCAAGGUCUCUCCCAGACCUUCAGUAUCUGUUGACAAAGUAAAAACAAAAGUAAGAGUUUCACAUUGCAAGCUUGGCCUGAUUGGAAGUUAAAUGAUCAAUACGGAGCCGAGACGAAGGCAUGAAGUGUUUGGGAUUUCUACAAUUGGGAGUUAUGUGUCUGUUAUGCGAGUCUGACUUUAAAGUCACAGUAACAAUCAUCUCAUAUACUGUAAAAGUGUGACGAUAUUUUAUGAUUAAAGGUAUAUUAGACACUGGGGAUGAAAUAUAUGAAAAUGUACUUAGAGCUUAGUUUUACAUUUGAAGUACAAAACUUUUGUUAUUGAACACUGAACAUAAAACUGCAGCUACGACCCUGUAGAGUCUCUGUAGUGCCGUCAUGACUGGGAGAAACUAUAAGAUCCAACUUUACUGCCACGACACCCAGUAACUUGUCCCAGGUUGGUUUCCAGUACCAACUGGGGAACGCUCGCUUGCAGUCGUAAGCACAUAAAUAGUUGAGAUUUGAUUUGCCCCUCAUCUGUGACUUUGGAGACCGUAGAUUGUAGUGACGUGAGAACAACUGUGAGAUUUCACCACCGAAAAUGUUUUCUGGUGGCUGUCUGGGUAUGUGCAGAUUCAUGUGUACAAGUCCGUUAAUGUAUGGGUGUAUACUCUGUAUGUGUGGGUAUCUGUGUAAAUACAUAUAUUAUUUCUUUGUUUUUAUUUUAUUUUCUAAACCACAAAUGGGAUUGUUAUCCAGUAGGCCGCGGGGCAGGUGUGUCGGCUCCGAACCCUGCAAAGCUACGGACUGUCUGUAUUAGUUCCUAGAUCUGACCACACGGUUUUUGUUUUGAUAAUUCUGAUUUUGCAGUUCUAUUGGCUGAUUGGAUCUGGUCUUGUCUCUGGGAUAGUUUGGAAAGGGGACGAGCUCUGGAACACUGCGUACAAUGCUAAAUGCAACAAGGGAUUUCAUAUAUCAACAGGAAAAUGAUAGCUGGGUGAGAAAAUGUGUGCCAACGAACAAAAACCAGGCAGAAAAAGAACAACCCAUGAAACAAGUGAAACUCAUGCAGCUCAAUUCAUCACUUUGCUUUGGAUACAAUUUUAAAAUUUCUGAGCUACUUUUUUGGGCAUUUUUUUUGUAGUGUGCUCCUCAGCUUCACUCAGUUCUUUCUAGAAAAACAGUCUUAACCUCCUCUCCAUCCUGGAUCAACAAACCAAGCUGUUCAAAUUGUGACUAAGUUGUUGUUAAAUGCUGCCCUGGCAAACAGUCCAGGGCUUCAGUGUGGCUACUUGUGAUGUUGUAUUUAACCGGUGAGAGAGAGGGCGGUCCAGAAACAAAUAAAAGUGAAUUUCCUUUAA